AUGGUCAUUCCCAGCCUUCUAUUCCAGCAUCUGCCUCUUCGGGGGCUCAAAUCCCUGCCUCGCUCGCCCAGGGCUUGGUCUCAGCACAUCCGAAAUGUCCACUCACUGAGAGAUCUGCCCCGACCGACCGAAGCUCAGCUGGCAAGGAAGCCUAGGUUGGUGCCCUUCGAGCCCCCAGAAGCCGAGUCGUCCGCUAUGGCUGAAGCGCGCUUCACGCCUCCUUCCCAUCAAACGUCGAAAUGGACAUCACAGCCGGAUACUGUUCUGCUUAUUCAAAAGAAAGAUGACCCUCGUACCACUGCUGCGAUGGGAGAAAUGCUCCACUUUAUACGAGACAACUAUCCCCAUCUCCGCUUGAUUGUCGAGCCCCAUACUGCUCAUGACCAUCCCUCUUUCGACAACCUCAUCGUUGCAUCUCAAGAAGAGCAACCCUUGCUCCCUCUUCACACGUCUCUCGUGGUCACUUUAGGAGGAGAUGGUACGAUACUGCAUGUCUCAAAUCUCUUCUCGCAGGGAGAAUGUCCGCCUGUAUUGAGUUUCUCAAUGGGAUCUCUGGGGUUCUUGCUGCCAUUCCAUAUCGAUUCUCUCGCCUCCGCCCUUGGAAACACUUUGACAGGCCCCGUAUCGCUGCUCAAUCGAAUGCGGCUAGCUUGCAAACCACUGGACGUUGAAGGGAAUCUCUUGAGUCGUUUGGGAGAGAACGGGUGGCAAGUCAUGAACGAGGUCGCCCUCCACCGUGGCCGACACGCCCACCUCACCGUAGUCGAUACCUAUUUUGACCGACAACAUCUUACUGAAGCUGUUGCCGACGGAAUCCUCCUGUCAACUCCUACAGGAUCCACCGCCUACUCUCUCUCCGCCGGCGGGCCCAUAUCUCAUCCCGAAACAGAUGCUUUCCUCCUCACCCCUAUUGCUCCCCGCUCGCUCAGUUUUAGGACUGUCAUUCUCCCCGGCCGGGGAGAAGUCAAGCUCGAGAUUUCACCCCUCGCCCGCGCAGCAGCAGAACUAUCAAUAGACGGCCGAGAUGUCUGCAACCUGACCUCUAAAGAAUCUGUAGUCAUCACAAAGUCGCCCUUCCCCAUACCCUGCGUAGAAAGGUCGGGAGGAGAAAGCGGAUGGGUCAAGGAUAUCAAUUCGUUACUGCAAUUCAAUGUGGGGUUCAGGAAUAAGAGUGUGAUGGGGCACAGCUCAUAG